AUGUUAAAUAAUUCCUAAUUUCCUUUUAUUGUAAAAAUUUAAAUCCAUAUAAAAGUGUUGAUUUACCAAACAAGCAAAGACAGUUUUUUAAAAAAGCAAAAGAAAGCAAGCAGACUACAUCUUUUUUUUUUUUUGUCAACUAUUUUUCAUUAGGUUUCAUGGACUUAAAAAGAAUACAAGUUAAGAUAAAGCUCUCACACAUAACUAAGAUAAGGAUGAUACAACACAAGAGUUAUACGUGUAAGCCCUAGGAGAAGUCUCUGCUACGUGGCCUUCAUUUAUGAAUUGUGUUGUCUCCACUCCACCGCCAGUGAAACUGUUACCGCCGGUAAAGCUUCUUCCAUCCAACCACCGCGAGAUCGACGACUCUUAAAUCUUGUACUCCUUUGUUCCUUUUGCGGUUUGUUGCCGGAAUCGACAGUGAGAUCCUGAAUAAUCACCAGUCUUUCAAUCCAGAAUUUUCCGUUGGAUCCAGAGAGCAAGGAAUUUGUUGAGACGCCUUGAACAGACCUCAACUCUACUUCUCCCGUUCUACAAAACCCAUCGAACAAUCCACUCUUCUUAAUCUUUGAUCUUCAGAGAAACUUGCACUCAUCUAACCCGAGAAUUAAACGGCUAAGUGAAGUUUGACUCUCUUAAUUCAAAGAUUAAGCAUAACCAACAAAAACCAAGAUCUCAAGGAUUCCGAACUUUUCUUCAAACAAGAAGAAACAUUAAGAACAAGCAAAAGGAUGAGAUCGAAAUUUUUAUUGCUAUCAAUCCAGAUCGGAAAACAAUAUAGAACCUUGAAGAUCAAAUCCGAUUUGAGAAUGAAAAACACCACAAAAGAUUGGCCGUGCGAAAUAUGGAAAUCGCCAAAGCGAAGAUAGAUAUCCGACUAGCGGAAGCAAAAGUUCGAUCUAUUGAUCGAAAGUUUUAUAAACAACAAAAAAACAAUAAAACAUCUCGAAUCGGAGUUUGGUAAGAGGGUCCCGAGAGAGUUUUCUCUCUCUAAAGGACGAGAGAGAAACUUGGUUUUUGCAAGCAGACCACAUCAUGAUUGAGUUUUACAAACAGAGGAAAAAUAUGACUUGAAAAAUAAAGAAAAAAAAUUAGAAAAAAUAUCAAAAGGAGAGAAACCUCUCAAUCUCUCUCUCACUUUGAUCUAUGGCUCCCUCUAUCGCGUUCUCUCCAGCUAGCUACAGCUCCAUUGUCACGAUCCUCCUCUCCAAAUGCUAAAAUGUGGGAACCCUAGAUUACCCCAAAUCUAGUUAAAACCUUCCCAGAGAUUUUGGAAACUCAUGGGGAACUGUUGCAGAUCUCCCGCAGCUGUAGCUAGAGAAGACGUAAAAUCCAACUACUUCGGCCACGAUCACCCUCGUAAAGACUCCACCAACGGCAAAAAAUCAGCUCCGAUUCGAGUCCUCACGGACGUCCCCAAGGAGAACAUCGAGGACCGGUACUUGCUCGACAGAGAGCUCGGACGCGGCGAGUUCGGCGUCACCUACCUCUGCAUCGAGAGAACCACGCGGGACCUCCUCGCGUGCAAGUCGAUCUCGAAGAGGAAGCUCAGGACCGCCGUGGAUAUCGAGGACGUGAAGAGGGAAGUGGCGAUUAUGAAGCAUCUGCCCAAGAGCUCGAGUAUCGUUACUCUCAAGGAGGCUUGUGAGGACGAUGCCGCUGUGCAUUUGGUGAUGGAGCUUUGUGAAGGUGGCGAGCUUUUCGAUCGGAUUGUGGCGAGGGGGCAUUACACGGAGCGCGCUGCCGCGGGGGUUACGAAGACGAUCGUUGAGGUUGUGCAGUUGUGUCACAAGCAUGGGGUGAUUCAUAGAGAUUUGAAGCCGGAGAACUUUUUGUUUGCUAAUAAGAAGGAGAACUCGCCGCUUAAGGCUAUUGACUUUGGAUUGUCGAUUUUCUUCAAGCCAGGUGAGAAGUUCUCGGAGAUAGUUGGGAGUCCAUAUUACAUGGCACCUGAGGUGCUAAAGCGGAGCUAUGGUCCAGAAAUAGAUAUUUGGAGUGCUGGAGUCAUUCUUUAUAUCCUGCUCUGUGGAGUUCCUCCAUUCUGGGCAGAGUCGGAACAGGGAGUUGCUCAGGCUAUUUUACGUGGGAUAAUUGAUUUUAAGAGAGAACCGUGGCCAAACAUUUCGGAGACUGCUAAGAGUCUUGUCAGACAAAUGUUAGAGCCUGAUCCAAAGCGCCGCCUGACUGCAAAGCAAGUGCUUGAGCACCCGUGGAUUCAAAACGCCAAGAAAGCUCCAAAUGUCCCUCUUGGAGAUGUUGUCAAGUCCAGAUUAAAGCAAUUUUCAGUGAUGAACAGAUUCAAGAGAAAAGCCCUGAGGGUUAUUGCCGAAUUCUUAUCUUCCCAAGAAGUAGAAGACAUCAAAGAGAUGUUCAACAAGAUGGAUACUGAUAAAGAUGGUAUUGUUACCAUCGAGGAGUUGAAAGCUGGACUUCGAGAUUUUGGUACACAGCUAGCUGAAUCAGAAGUGCAGAUGCUUAUUGAAGCGGUGGAUACUAAAGGGAAAGGAACACUAGACUAUGGAGAGUUUGUUGCAGUCUCUCUCCACCUGCAAAAGGUAGCAAACGAUGAGCAUCUCCGCAAAGCAUUCUCGUACUUUGACAAGGAUGGAAAUGGGUACAUUUUACCCGAGGAGCUUUGUGAGGCCUUAAAGGAAGAUGGAGGGGAUGACUGUGUGGAUGUCGCCAAUGAUAUAUUCCAAGAAGUUGACACGGACAAGGAUGGGAGAAUAAGCUACGAAGAGUUUGCGGCAAUGAUGAAAACAGGAACGGAUUGGAGAAAGGCGUCUCGUCAUUACUCGAGAGGGAGAUUCAAUAGCCUAAGCAUCAAGCUAAUGAAGGACGGAUCUUUGAACCUAGGCAACGAAUAGUGAACAAAGUGAGUAAGCCAGCUGCAUUAGAUUAUUUUAGAGUUCAUCUCUCACGUUACGUCAUCCACGUCAAGCAUUAAGCCAAGAUAAGUCAAACAUCUUGGGACUCAGAAUUCAAUCUUUUUUUUUUUGUUUGUAAAUCUUUCGUUUUUUUAAUCCGUUUCUUUAUUUGUGGUGAUUCAUGCUAUCUGUGUCCUUUAUUGGUUUGUGGGCUGAGUUGUGGUAGAAAGGUUAAAGACAUGAGAAUCAAUGUUUGAUGUGUAGAAGAAGAAAAACGACCUUUCUGGUAAAUGAUGUUUUAAUAUGAAUCA